CAAAAACGGUGCAAAUAAAACCAAAACAAAUGCCAACACAGACCCGGAAGUGACCCGUCGCCAUUUUGGUUUGUGGAUUAUCACGCGGCAAAUCUCGCGAGAUCUGGAAAGGCGCGGGAAUUUCAACAAAAUGGCUGACAGAAGUGCAGAGAGAAAGAGACGCCGCAGCAAAACUCCGGAAAGAAGCGAGUCCGAGGACUCUGGGGUACUUACAAGGUCUAGAUCGUCUGAAAGAAAGAAGCAGAAGACCGAGAAGGAUGUUAAGAAGGAAAAAAGGAGAUCAAGUUUCGUCCGUGGAAGAAAGUCCAUGCAUCUCCUGGAACAACAACAGGAACAACAACAACAACAAACUAUUGAUGACACAGUAACAAACAGUGGAGGCAUCAAUAUCCAGGAAUAUACUGACAGGUUGAAGGCAGAGAGUUCCAAGUGGGACAGUCUGUGUGAGGAGCACAGUGCUGCAGCAGAAAAUGCAGAGAAAUCAGCUAAAGAAACCACAUCGGACAUCCCUCCGUGGGAGAGCUUGUCAGCAGAGCAACAGCGCCUCCUAGGAGGCAAGCCGGACCUGCAGGGCAUUUUGGACUACACCAAGAAGUGCAGGGAGGACCUCGAAGUUUAUGUUGACAAGAUUGCCUCCACCACAAAGACAUUGUCAGCAUUUGAAAGCACUGCUGAGGCAUUUAUUUCUGCACAGGCCAAUGAACUAGGUAUGAAGACCUUCAAGAGAAUGGAACACUUCAACUCACCCAUGACCCUCAUCUCCAAGAUUGUCGGCAAAACUGAGAAGUCAUGAAGUUGACAUGUUCUUAUUUUAGAAGUGGAAGUGCUUCAUAUGUUAUUAGUGUAAGAUUUGGUUGCAAGGGCUUGUAAUAGACAGGACUCACUAUAAGUACCCAAGUUUACUAUUAGGACUGACAGUUUACUCUCAAAGGACACUAAACUUUCAAUCCAUAAACAAAACUAAGUGUGCUAUUUUACUCAAGUGGUUGUGGAUUAUAUGUUUUACUUUUUUUUAACAUGCUUCCAGGAGAUUCUUUAGGAAAUGGUACAAAAGAUUUGUAUUGUAUUGUA